AUGGAUUCUUCAUCAAACGGUUCUGAGUUUUCGGGGGAAGAGACGGAAAGCUACUCCGGUCCGUCGAUAAUAGAAGUGUUCAGUAUCAAGGGUUACACAAUGGAGACCUUGGUUGAAGCUGUGAUUGACGGACCGCUCGGCGAAGGCUGGGGCGAGGACGAUUUUUUGCUCCUUGCGGACAUCAUCACCGACGAAAAAGUCUUCUACGCGGAAGAUUAUGGGCCCGACGUUGUCAUUGACAUUAUCAAACGAUUCCUCAGAGAAAGACCUGACGAAACCGAGUUCGAAGCAGUCUGGCUCUCCCGAUUCAUCAAACAGCUCAUCUGUGGCAUCGAGAAAUACGCAGAGUCGCAAUCAGACGACGAGUAUGUGAAGACGCAGCAUCUUCUUGCACGAGUUUUCGAUCUUUGGUACUUUGAUAGAAGCGCCGAGAUUCGUCGGGGACUAUUCCGGGCGAUGUGGGCUCUUUUCGACGAUUUCUUCAUCAAGAAAGAGCUGAAGCUGCCAUCAAAGCACCUGGAGUUCAUCAAACUAACGAUGCUCAUCAAACUAACAUGGGGAUAUCCUAUCCGAUAUAGCGACGAAUACUCGCCAGAAAAAUCGAUGGCGAAGAAAAUAGUCGACCUGAUUCUUGGUCAAGAGCAACCAGCGCCUGUUCAAGUCGCUGGCUUCGAAUUGUUUCAGAUUCUGUAUGAUGGAGCAAAGAAUCGAGAAGAAAUCUUCGAGAACUUUGAGGAAUUCGCAAAGCUUCUGGAGAAAGAAUCUAGUCUUGUGGAACUUUGUCGAAGAUUCCAAACGAUCAGCGCUUUUGAUCAGGUCGAAAAAGUGAUGUACGGAAAGACGGAGUAUCAAAAGGCGUAUCUCUCCUUCCAAAGAAAAUUUGCGCUGAUGAUGGUCAUGGUCGAAGAUUUCGAGGCCCAGUUCUUUCCCAUCUUCAAGCACCAGACGGAGAGCGCAACGAUCAAAAUUAGUGAGAAAUAUGUCGUCGUCCAUUUGGAGAUGGAAUAUGACGAGCAUGUGACGAUAUUCUUCAAUAGAAACUCCAGCUUUCACGGAAAGAACAUUGAAGACGAAGGGGAAAGUUCCUCUUUCGAAGCUACAGCUGCCAGUCCAGCUCCCGCCAGCGCUAAGAAAGAGUUAAAAUUUUCCGACUUGGAACGGCGCGAUUCAGAAUUGGCUCCACUCAGCAGAGGUCUCGAGGAUUGCCAGUUGAAAUUGAAGCGGACGCGGGCGACUGAGGAAAAUUCCUCAAGUAAAGUUUCCGGGGAAAUGAGAGGUUCAAGAGGCUCGACUCCGGAUUUGCCAGUCGAGAGCAGCAGCAGCCCAGCCGACUUGAACUUGGCGCCUCCUCCCAAAAUGUCAAAGCCGGCAAAGACUCGUCCAAGCUCCAACCUGCUGCCGGAUGUUAUGGCGAAGUUGAGAGAGAAAUUUGCGAGUAUUUCUCAACUCAUGCCGCGGGUGGAAGAAAGCAUCGAAGAAAUCCAGGCCGUCAAGAAGCAAUUCGACGAGCACUUAGAGGCUCGGGAAGAUCUGCGCCGAAACGUGGAAAAGGUUAUGAAGGACUCCGAGGAACUUGCCGAAGAGGGCGAGCGUAUGAAUGCGUUGGCGGUGAUGUUGAAGGAGUACGCGGAGAAGCUCAUCGCGGACAUGAACCGCAAAUAG